AUGAGCAGGACAAGAAAACACACGUGCCACAAAGGCGCAAUCCCCGAGUAUAUCUUCGCCGUCAUCAACCCCAACAGUUCAAUUCCUCGCACGAGCUUCACGGGCAAUGCUGCCGAGGAAAGUGAUCUUCAACGCUGGUGGAAUGAUGACUCAGCUUCUACCACUCUUAUCGAUGACGAAGACUUGAGCAGUUGUUCCUCGUCCUCGUGUUCCUCUGACAAGGAUGAUGGAGAGGACUCGGACCGUCUGCUGAUGAGACGCCAUUGCCACCGAUGCAUUGACCGAAGUGAGAUCAAGAGAACAAGUGUUGUAUCCACAUUGCCACCGACUGCUCCCAAGAGAAUUCCAAGCUGCAAGAGUAUCCUAUCUUCUAGCAUCGACAGCAGCAUAGCCUCCAGCUGCAAGAUCAAAAAGUCACUUGAUCGCAGCGCGUGGUCGGCCGAUGAUAUCCACCAAGCACGAAGACAACAAGAUUCCAACAGCCAAAAGGUUCUCGGUGCAAGAACCCUUUGCAAACGCCAGUCCCUCCCUCCAAGGCUGCCCCAACGGCAAGGAAGCAACGUGUCUACAAUGAGUUCGAAGACAAGCACAGCUUGA